UCAUGCUGCUGCCAAGUCCAGAGUCUCUCAUGGGUCCCUGUACGGCCUCCCAUUGCUGCUGUCUCCAUCGCCACACUCUGCCAUGUGCCACUUUCAGGUCUCCUCACGCUCCUGCUGGUUUCCAUUUUGUCAUAGGUUGCUGUAUGGCCUCCCAUUGCUGCUGCCUCCACCGCCACACUGUGGCUCCAAACACUGGUUUUGCCCCGUGACUGGCCAAAGGAGUGAAGUGUGCAGUGAUUCUAAGAUCGACGGCACUCAUCUGCAUGUCAUACUGACAGACAGUAUUAUUUCUCUUCCCCAGCAGACUCCAAGGGCAUUUAAAUUAAAGGUACAGUGUUCUGCACUAAUAUUA